UUCCUUGCACCAAAAAAAAAACAACCUAAAUCUACAUCACACAUACAUACAAACAUAGUACAAUAAAUCAAUAAUACUUCAGAUCCAAAAAAAAAAAAAGAUGUUAAAUGCAAAAGUUGAUCAGAUUUCUCAGAAGAGUAGUAGUAAUAGUGUUCUUCAGAUUAAGCAAGAUGAUAAAUUCUUCUGCAGGCUUCUGUCAAAGGAAACUUCAAUGGCAAACCCAUCUUUCAGAUUCUCUUCUUCUUCUGUUAAUGUCCCAUUUGUUUGGGAAUCUCAACCUGGCACACCAAAGUACAAAUUAUUCUCUCAAGAAACUCUUCCUCCUUUAACUCCACCACCCUCUUAUCACAACACCAACAACAAUAAUGUUAAUAAUAAUGCAUUGAAGAGGGUCAAGAAGAAUAAUUCAAGAUCAAGUAGCAACAUUUUCAUGGCAUUGUUUACAAAGAUGAGUCUCAAGAAGAUUAUUACGCCUUCGCCGUCGCCGUCAUGUUCUUUGUCUUCGAGGUGGACAACCUCGGAUUCGUCCAAGGUUGUCCCCGUGGCAAAGAUCGGAAGGAGGAGAUUCUUGAGUUAUGGUUCUUCGUCUUUCGACUUUAGAGGGGCGAAUGAUGAAGAAGAUGGUGGUGGUUCGUCAUCGCCACCACCUUCUUCAUCGGCAUUGUGCUUUGCAAUUUCACGUGCCAUGAGCUCUAACAGUGGUUUCCAAAGUUCUUACAAGAGAAAAGCACAAUAAAAGGUAAUUAAAGACUGCGUUUUGUUUUGAAGUAUAUGUAUAAUUAAUUAAUUAAUUAAUGAUAAAAAUAUAAAUAUAUAUCGUUGGAUAUAUAUUUAUUUAUUAAAAAAUAGACAUGUACAAAAACAAGUAAAUAUUUUUGUCUGAAGCCAUAUUUUCCUUUUCAAUAUUGUUUAAGUAUUUCUGUAUUUUUUUAUUUUGAAAUAAUUAUCAAAUAUGUCUUAUGGAUAAGUUUCUUUUUUUGGUUUGGCCUUGGAUGUUGCAUGGCCAUUAUUGUGAUUUAUUGUACCUUUUGCUUGGAGUUUUUCUCUGUAAUUCUUUGUAGUUGUAUUUUAUUCAUCAUGUUUAGAGGGCAACUAAUUUUAAAUGCCAAAGGUUGUGUCUUCAG